AUCUGGGAAGCAGCUCGCGCUGGACUCCUCGCGGCAAACCGAGAACAAACUACAGUGUGUUCUUUCAUUAGGAAGACAGCGCAUUUCCAGCGGGAUCCGGUCACAGAGCUUCGCUUGACUAACGAGCAGCAAUGAGCUUUUUUGGUUUUGGUCAGAGUGCGGAUAUAGAUAUAGUUCUGAAUGACGCCGAAACGAGAAAAAAAGCUGAGCACAGAAGCGAAGACGGCAGGAAAGACAAAUAUUUCCUUUUCUACGACGGGGAAACUGUUUCCGGAAAAGUCAACGUUACACUCAAAUACCCGGGAAAGAGGCUGGAGCAUAAUGGCAUCAAAAUCGAGUUUAUCGGCCAGAUAGAAAUGUACUAUGACAGGGGGAAUCAUCACGAGUUUGUGUCUCUGGUGAAAGACUUGGCUCGACCAGGGGAGCUCACACAGUCACAGACGUUUGACUUUGAGUUCACACAUGUGGAGAAACCCUACGAAUCAUACACUGGUCAGAACGUCAAGUUACGCUACUUUCUCAGGGCGACAGUAGGCCGGAGACUCAACGACAUCAGCAAAGAGUUGGAUCUUGUGGUUCACACACUCAGCACCUACCCCGAGCUGAACUCCUCCAUCAAGAUGGAAGUUGGCAUUGAGGACUGUCUACACAUAGAGUUUGAGUACAAUAAGUCCAAGUAUCACCUAAAAGAUGUUAUUGUAGGGAAGAUUUACUUCCUCCUAGUGAGGAUUAAGAUCAGACAUAUGGAGAUUGACAUAAUCAAGCGGGAGACAACUGGCACAGGCCCUAACGUCUACCAUGAGAACGACACCAUAGCAAAGUAUGAAAUAAUGGAUGGUGCCCCCGUCAGAGGAGAGUCCAUCCCCAUCAGGCUGUUUCUGGCAGGCUAUGAGUUGACCCCCACAAUGAGGGACAUUAACAAGAAGUUCUCUGUGCGGUACUACCUUAAUCUGGUCCUCAUAGAUGAAGAGGAAAGACGCUAUUUCAAACAGCAGGAGAUCACACUGUGGAGGAAAGGCGACAUUGUGAGGAAGAGUAUGUCUCAUCAAGCCGCCAUUGCCUCACAGCGCUUUGAAGGUACCUCCAAUCCAGAGAAGUUCCACGGCCAUAACGCCGAGGAAGACAGCGGCUAAAACCCAUUAUGUGCUGCAGCGAGCAUCCGAGCAGAGGCAGCGCACGGACAUCAGUCUGAACUCUUAAUGUGAAAAUCACUCGUUUGCAUCGAGACAAAAUGCACUGCAGUGUUUGUCACAGCUGGAGUAGUGUGCUGAGCGAGUGAGGCGUGUGUGUGUGUGUGCGUGCGUGCAUGUGUGUGUGUAUGUGAGGGUGGGGAUGGAUAAACCAGAGUCGGACUCUAUUUGUUAGCAAUUCUCAGCGUUUUCAUUUGAACAAACAACCUUGACGUACCAGCUGGUUCGAAUUUACCACACUAAGACUGAUGGUGUCAGCUAACUUCUCUGUCUCUCAAAACUGCACAAAAUUGGCUUGUAAGUACUUAAUUGAUGCCUUGGCAUUUAUUGUACACCUCAGUGGGGUGAACUUCACCCAUUAGAUGCACUUAAAUGUCAUUUGCAGGUGUGUGUGAAUGUAGAAUACAUGGCACAGAGCCAUCUGGAGGUGUAUUUCUGACACCGCCUUUCCUUUAAACUACUUACUUUGUGGGAAGAUUGAUACAGCAGCCAUUCGACAAGUUAAUGAUGAGUGGCUAAACAAUACAUGUGACGGCACGUGUGUGUGUGUGCUCACAGGAAUGUGAAAAUUGAACAUGAACUCAUGUAAGGUUUAUCUGCCAUGCCCUCUGCUGGAAAGAAACGCUUUUAUUUCCAUUUUGCAUCUUAAUUUUACAUAACUAGAAUGAGUCGAGGAUAACCAAACAGCAGUCUGAAAAAAAACUAUAAUGGAAGAGACUUAUUUUCAUACAUUCCAGAAACAGGCGUGACUACAGAGUAUUCAUUUGAACCCAAAUCAGUUUGUUUCAGCCAGCACUGAACAAAUUUGAUGCUUCAGUAGGUUAGAGUAUAGUGUCCCUUCCAUCUUUUGUUACAGCUGCCAGUCACUGAUAGUUUGAAACCUCUCUGCCAUUUGCACUGUGUGCUUUUCUUUUCUGCUCUCAGCACUGUUUACGAACUUGAGUCAAGAGGAGAAAGUUGGCAUCACUUCAGAUCUAAUAAAGACAGUAUUACACCUGCGCUUAUUUACAAAGAUGCCUGUUAACACAGUAUAGACUCCUGAGGCUGCUUCUUUGUGUCUAUAAGGGUUUGGUGCCAAAAUGUCUGCAAUACUAGAGAACAGUUGCCACGGUGAGUUGCUAUGUCCUGCGCUCCCACGUUUAUCUACUAGUAAAUAAAUGGGUUUAGUACAAAGGCAGGUUUAGAAGAUGUAGUGAAUGUAUACUGAAGGCCUCUCUUUUAUAUUAAGCACUUAAUGAAAUUUUGAAAAUUAACAAUCCCAGAACAUUUUCUAAAUAGAAUGAGUUCUUUUGCUUUUACUUUUUAACUGCAGGUCAGGCAGAGUUUAUUGGAAUUCUUGUGCCAUUAUUUGCUUUGCUUUUCUAAACUAUGAGAGCACACUAAUGAGUACAAAAUGAGAAGCACUCGAAGCAAGCCCCUUCUUGUCCUUCUGUCUUCUGCUUAACAAGCUUUCCAAAAUGCAUCACUGUGUACUGUGUAUGUUUCAUACUCUCCUAGGCAGUAGCAUGCUGCUGUUUUGCUCUGGUGAUUUGAUUGCUGUCACCAGAGGGCUUUUUAGAUACUGCUGAAAUAUUAAUGAAUUGUUGCUUUAAGCCAACAAGACAUGUUUUAAUUCACAUGUAUAGAAGUUGAGCAAGGGGGGAAAAACAGUUAAUGAAGCUCUGGUAAUAUCUGAUAAAUGCCACUGUAGGGACAGUGGUUUGUCACCUUUAACUUAAAGUGCAGGAGAGAGUUGAGAGGUGGGGAGAUUUCAAAGACAUUUAAAUUGACAGAAACAUGCUGGCAAGUUUCUAAUGUUUUAAAAAACACACAUUUUGUGCUGAAGGAAAUGAAUAAAUAAAAAUAUCUGAAUUUUUCUUAGCUUAAUUGAGCACCUUCAUGUAUCGAGACGAGCAGGAGACCAGCACUUCCUGGUCUCCUGAUAGAUAAAAGAAAGCAAGCUUUCCCUUCUCUGGCCUCACUCUUCACCUCGAUCAGUCUCAAAGAGCUCCUCUGCGGUAUUUCUCUGCCUCGCAGGGCACACAGUUCAUGCUCCGCUCUUUUCAUGAAUGGCCUGUGAUUCUACUUUUUAUCAGUACUGGUAGACUCUGACAACAGCGAGAAUGUAAAACCAGAAUAAACGUUGAAAUGUACAAUAUAAAUGCACAAUGUAAAUGCAGCCCCCACCUUCUGUUUAUAUUCCUGUCAUAUUUUAUCUUGUUUAUAAAUGUUGAUUUUAAUCAUUUUAUAUUCCAAUUUUUCUUUGAAAUCAAAGGGAUUAAAUAACUGAGAAACACGCCUAAUGUUUUCGAU